AUGAUUCAGAGCUAUGGACCCCACGCUAUUUUCACCAGCUGGGAAAUUUCCUUCGCCGCAGUUGAGCAGAGCGCUCCCGAGGCAGGCAAUCUGCUCCAACCUUGCGCCUUUCUCAACAAGGACGAUCUGGGAGAGCCUGUUUCAAGUGGGCAUAAAAAUAAUAAGAAUAAGCAGCUCGAUCAAAAGGCUAGAAAGAGAUAUGCGACCAAGGUUCUCGCCCUGCUAUCCACCGCGCUUGACGCGAUUAAGGACGACCCAGACCCAAGGUACAACGCCACGAGAGUCAUGGGACAUUACGACACGCUGCCGCGAGCCGAAGCGCAGCUAGCUGAGAAGUUACGAGCGGCCCUGGAUAUCGACCGUGGUGGCACGUCGCCCGAGAGUCACAACUACCGCAAGUACCUCAGCGAUCAACUCUGGGAAAAGUCGAACUGCUGGAUUCUUGCAGAGAUGAACGUUUCGAUUCCCGAAGACCUCGCCAGCAGGUAUGCCAACCAUAACCCUGAGACCCGACAAUAUGUCACCUUCUCGGCCGGCGUCGCCUACGCAAGGAUGGGAGAGAUUUGGGAAGCGUUUGAAAUGGUUGAUCGCUUGCUGGAUAAGAUGUUCAUUGCCAAGACAAAGAGGCCCUCGUGGUACACCGAUGGCACGAUUAUAAAUUGCAGGGCGUCUCCGGUGCUUUUGGCGCAUAUGGCUUUGGAACGAAAAAACAGAACUCUCGCCGUUGAGAUGUACCUCCGGCUCGCUAGCAAGGCCAAAGAGCAGUUUUCGACAGCGCCGGGCGUUUACCACAUGUACCUAUAUACCAUUGCCUCGCUGUACGCAAGGAUGGACAUGGUCCCGGAAGCCGAGAGGUAUUUCGCUGCCGUGGAUGGCUCCCCGCCGCACUGA